CAGGUUUAUCGUCGGUUCAGUCCAGAGCUCAACCAUAGCUUGAGGUGUAGACGCGCAACAAACCUCGAUACCACCAACCAAGCAAGGAGGUCUACUGUUCAAAUCGAGCACAACACUCCGCGACCCCAGCUCCGUCCAAUCCCAAGCUCAAACUCCCACUCCAACCUCUACAGUACCCCACCAUCACUCCAACAUCCAUCGAUCUACAGCACCACCGCGAAACCACCUCCCGGUACCACCAAAAGAAAAUGGUCCGCAUCAAACACCGCUACCUCCUCCUCGACAUCCUCUACCCCGACCCGACCACCUGGCCCCGUAAGCCUGUCUCUGGAUCAUCCUCGUCAUCGACCCCGCAACUGCAAAUCCACGCGCCCACCUCCGACGCCCUGACCCCGAGCCUGCUGGCCAAAUUGGUCCGCGAACAGGUCGCCGAGUUAUUCGGUGAUUGGGGCGUCGGUCGGCUGGGCGGCGCUGGUGCUGGUGGUGUUAGUGUCAAAUACCUCUCCCCGGCUACAUCCACCGCGAUUAUCCGGUGUCCCCGUGCGUCGUUCCGGUUGGUGUGGAUGGCGUUGACGUGUUUGGAGGCCGUGCCUGAUAUGAAUGGCGCGGGACGGAAUGCGGUGUUGACGCGACGGUGCGUGGUGCGCGUUGUGCGGGUGUCCGGGACGAUGCGGAAGGCCGAGGAGGAGGCGAUUCGGCGGGCGAGGCGGGAGAUUUUGAAAGUUCGUGGCGGUGUUGACGAUGCUGGUGUUUUGGAGGGGUUGGUGGGGGGCUUUGCGGAGGGGGUUUCGGGAGGGAACGAUGAUGGUCUUGAUGUUGAUGUUAUGGAUGAGGAUUUGAGUGAUGACGGUUUGUGA